AUGCCUCAGUCUGGCCCACUCAUGCCUGGCAGUUGGAGUGGUCAGCAGUCUGGCCCACUCAUGCCUCAGUCUGGCCCAUUCAUGCCUGGCAGUUGGAGUGGUCAGCAGUCCUUGUCAGUGAGGCCUAGCAGUUCUCCACGUCUCCCGACUAUACGUAUUGUUCGUCGGCGGGACUCCAUUGAGUCGACAGUCAGGAGUUCAAGGCAUGAUGAUGAUGAUGACGACGACGAGCAGGCCUAUGAUGAGGACGAGCAGGCCUAUGAUGAUGACGAGGAGACAUAUGAUGAUGACGAGCAGGCUUAUGAUGAUUACUUUGAUGUAGCUGAGCAGCCACAGACUCAGCCACAGGCACGUCCAGCUAAACGACUCGGCCGACGCUGCCUCAUCUUCAGGUAA